AUGUCUGACGCUCUUUGUAUCGUAGGUUCAUUUUUUGAAUGUGACUCCUGCUACCUGAUGAGCAUGGGGUCUGUCAUGGCAAUCCUUGCCUCUGAUAUCGUUUUGACCAUCUUCAUCGUUAUCUCUGUGUUCUGUUUUGCAACUCACCAUAAGAGGAGAAGGGAACUGGAGUCUCACGAUGGUAAAAGAAAUCUGAGCUCAUCGGUUUCAAAGAAAAUGGCAAGAGAAAUCACUGAGUCUCCCUACCAGGAGUUACAUGGAGUCCAAUCGGAUGUGUACAGUGAGCUUCAUCACUUUAGGAAAUGA